AUGCCUCCUGCUCUCAGCGAUCACGAGUCCUCGGACAGCGAAGAAGUCCCCGCGCAAGCGACCACAAAGGGAAAAGGAAGACAACCAGUACAAGUCGAUCCUGUAGAAGAUGAGGAGGAUGACAGUGAGGUGGGAGAAGACGAAUAUGUCGUUGAAGCCAUCUUCAACCACAGAUUCCAAAGAGGCGUUCUCCAAUUCGACGUCAAAUGGGAAGGCUACGACGACCCCAAAGACCGGACAUGGGAGUCAGAGGAAAACAUGGAGGGAGCCAUCGACGUACUGAACGAGUACUUCAAGAGUAUCGGAGGCCGUCCAGAGCCCAAGGGCCAAAAGCGCAAGGGCCGACCGUCGCUUGCGGGAAGGAAAUCAGCGUCGGAGACUCUUGCGUCUAGCACCAAGCGCGCGAAGGCAGACAAGGAGGAGAAGAAAGUGGCACAAUGGAGUCCACCACCAGGCUCGUGGGAACACGACGUCCACGAGAUCGACACAGUGGAGCAGACGAAGAACCCCAAGACAGGCGAACUCGAAAAGUUCGCAUACCUCGUGUGGAACAAUAAUCAAAAGACACAACAUCCUCUCAAACACGUCUACCAAAAGUGUCCGCAAAAGAUGCUGGCAUACUAUGAGAGUCACCUAGUCUUUUCCGAAACCAGCGACCAGCCUCUAAAAUGCGAAAAUGGUGAUGACAAUAACGACGCCGUAAUGACAGGCCACUAA